AUGAACGUUGACCGUUUUUGGUAUUCUAAUCAAACAGUGGCUGUUCCUGCUGUUUGGCACUACGUCUCAGGAGUGAUUUCUUUAGCGUGUUUACUAUUCGGCAUGAUUUCGAACGGUUUAGUCAUAUUCGUGUUUUUCAGAAACAAUGGUCUACAACGUCCACGAAAUUAUUUUCUCAUCAAUCUUGCCAUUACAGAUCUGGGUCUGCUAUUAACAAAUAAUUCUAUGCAUGUUAUAUCGUCGUUUCGAAAACGGUGGAUAUUUGGACAGAGUGGUUGUAACUUUUACUCUGUGUGCGGUGGUGUAUUUGGAUUAACAUCCAUUGCAACGAUGGCCUCGAUUUCGUUGAAUCGUCUAUCUGCUGUAAAUGAUCCAUUCAGUUCACUGAAACUGAGUAGCCGAUCUACUUUACGUUGUCUGGUAUUCACAUGGAUCUACGGCUCAAUGUGGAUUAUGCCGCCGUUAUUUGGCUGGAAUCGAUUUAUUCUCGAAGCUUUUGGAACGUCGUGCACAUUCGAUUAUGUGUCGAAUGAUCUUACCGAUCGACUAUUCAUAAUAAUGCUAGUCACAGGUGGCUUUUUCAUACCGUUGACAGUUAUUCUACUCUCAUAUUCUUCAAUAUUAUCUAAACUUUCCCAACGCGGUCGCGUUUUGGUAUCAAAAGAAAGCGAUGGAAAGUCAAGUCAACAAAGUAACGCUGGCAGCUAUAGUUUCAAUCAAUUAAACAACGCCAAUGACAUUAAAACUAGUCGAGGAGGAUCGACAGUUCUUGAUUAUCAAGACGAAAAUAGUUAUACACGAAACAUGCGUCGAACCGAAGCUCGUGCUACACGUACAGCCUUAUUCAUAUGUGCGCUAUUUUGUUUAGCGUGGGGCCCAUACGCGCUCAUGGCUCUGAUCUCUCUCGCUGGUUUUAACUAUUUAGUCAAUGCGUAUACAACAUCAAUGCUUGGCAUCCUGACCAAAUUUGCGGCAUGUAUGAACCCAUUAAUUUACGCUCUAUCAUUAAGCGGUUUUCGUGAACAAAUUCAAUUACACGUUCGGGAAGCUUGUCAUUGUGGCGUCAGAGACACUCGACAAUUUCAAUCAUCAAAUUUAGAUCUAACGCGAAGACAGCUUUCAAAUACGACAGAUUAUAGUAAAUCAUAUAAGAUAACGUCGAACACAGUGAUUCAGGAGGGUUUGUAA